AUGUCAUAUGGAAUAACGAAGAAAGUCAUUAUAAUGCAUUCGUUUGAUAAUUCACGAUAUUUUCCAAAUGGAUGGUUGCCACCACCCCGAUCAUCACAACAUUCACGAUCUGAUCAAUUAUAUAAACCCGUAUCGAAAAGUUUCAAUCGAAUAUCUGACUUUAUAUUUCCUGAUACAGUUCACAUAUGUUUAAGAGAUUCUAAUCCACUUAAGAAUAAAUCAUCUCGUCGUCCACUAGCAUCAACAACAAAUGCACAUAGAUAUAACCGAAUAGAAAAUUAUAGUUUACCCGUAUUAAAUCAUCAAAAUAAACGCGAUUUAAUUAUUGUUGAAAGAUUACCUAUUGACCAAUUGAAAGAUAUUAAUUUACUCUAUAAAGAGCAAAAACAACGGUGUUAUGAUACAAGACGAUCCUUAACAACGCAAUCAUCAUCCGAUGGACGACGUUAUUCAUCUAUUAUUGUACCAUCGGAAUUAAACAAAACAACUUUAAAUGAUUAUUUUUCAUCUAAUCAUGAUAGAUCACAAGUAUUAGUUAAUAAUAGAACUAGUCGAUCGGCAACAUAUCGCGAACGUCUGCGUGAUCGUCGAAAACGGCAUACAACCGAUGAUGCUUAUCAUACAAUAAUGAGAUCGAUGAUUGACAACGAUGUUCGUGUACCGAAUUGUGUUCUAUCUUAUACAACCGCACUCGAACCAAUUACUGACUCUGAGUCGAUGUUAUCACUAGGAGGAGGGGGCUAUCAAGAACAAAAUAAUAUUUCACUAGAAGAUUGGAGACGUCAAACACACUAUCAAACUAAUACUCGAAUACCACAAAAUAGUACAAACAUAUCAGCAUCCAUUCCUUGCUCAUCACAACUACAACAACAAAAAGAUCAACGUAAAAGAAGUUCAACCGUUAGUAGUCGAUGUACAACACUUGAUACAUCAAGUGAUAGUGAUAAUCAAUCGAUACGACAGAUAAAUAAUGGUGGUAUUAGUCAGCAUCAGCGAAAUACAACCUAUCAGGAGAAUUCCUUUCAGCCACCAAUGCCAUUAUCAAACUACCAAGAAAAUCGAUAUGUUCAACCAUCUGUACUCAAAGGUCCACCUCCGAUCUCAUUGCCUCAUCAGGCUAUUUGGGAACGAAUGGAUAAUAAAGAUUCUGUCCGUAUGAGAUAUGAACCUGAUACGUAUUUGCCCGUUUAUCAAAUAGAAAAUCAUUCUAAUAACAGUAAUAAUAAUCAACAUCUUAUAUUUAAUGAUCAUGCAGAACAACAACAACGAUAUAAUAAAAAUAAUCACGCACACGUGAAUGAUAAUAAACAUCAACAUCACGUUUCAGUGUGUGUUAAUGAUUUACAUACGACCUUGUUUAUCGAUGAAGAUGCAUUAAACAGUAGUGAAAAUUCUAGAAAAUCAAAUGGUGAAAAAGCUUCUAUACACAAAUUUAUUGAUCGUAUAAUGAAACGUCUAUCACAGUUUAAGCGAGCAUUAGAUAACGGUUUAGUACAUAUUCGCAAACGACAGUCAUCUAAUUUGGAAAAUGGUGUAAUUGUCAAUGAAAAACAGUUGAAACAUAAUAUUACGGAAUCAAACGAACAUCAUAUUUACCAGGAUAGACAAAUGAAUAAAACUAAAACUGACCAAAUAACACAUCAUGUUUCAUGGUCAUUAGACAAUAAGUUUGUUCCACCCUAUUUGGUUAUUCGUCCACAGUCUUUACUCGUUCUUCCAAAUGAAAUAGCUAAAUUCAAAUGUUGUUUCGGUGGUGAUCCAAUGCCGUCGUUAACAUGGUAUCAUAAUGAUAAAGAAAUAUCGAAUAAUCAUGAAAACAAUAGCAAAUACCGACUACUCCAAGCGCAUGAUAUUCAUUAUUUAGAUAUUGGACCAUUGACAAUAAAAGACAAUGGAACUAUUAAAUGCCACAUAAUAAACAAACUUGGACGAGAAGAAACGAUUGCUCAAUUAGUUGUCGCUCGAUCAGCUUCCGAUGCGACACCACGUAUUAUUCAACCAUUACAAAAUAUAUCUGUGCAAGAAGGCAAACCAUUGAAAUUACUAUGUGCAAUAUCAGGUCCUCAAAUUGAAGUCAAGUGGUACCAUAAUGAUAAGCUUGUUUCACCAAAUAUAGUACCAAAAUCCAAUUUUAAUGGUGAAAAUGCUAUAUUCACGUUAUCGAAAGUGACACAAAACGAUUCGGGAACGUGUAGUUGUAUUAUAAAAAAUCGAUUUGGAGAAGCGAAAACAUCGUGCCACAUCGAUAUUAUUCAAAACCGGUAA